AUGUCUACAAUGCAGGCAACUCAUGGUCAUAGCCAGGCCUGCUGCAACAUCCCACCUGUUGUUUCAUCGGGCUAUGUCCCCAAGGGCUUGUAUGAGGAACUUGGUGGAAUGAAAACAUAUGUGACCGGCCCAGAGGAAGCCACCAGAGGGAUUGUAUCUAUCUUCGAUAUCUUCGGCUACUUUGAUCAGACCCUACAGGGCGCCGAUAUCCUGGCAACAGGUGACCAUCACCAGAAUUACAAGGUGUUCAUGCCUGACUGGUUCAACGGCAGCCCGUGCCCUAUAGAAUGGUACCCUCCCAAUACCAAACAGAAGCAGAAGGAUUUGGGUGAGUGGUUUGGUAGAAACAUGCCACAAGGGGUCGCAGCUGCUUUGCCUAAUUAUAUUUCUGCCCUCAAGGCUGCGCAUCCCUCUAUCAACUCAUGGGGGCUUAUCGGGUACUGCUGGGGAGGUAAGGUGACUGAGAUCGUCACUGCUAGCAAGGACAACCCGUUCAAGGUUGCUGCCACCUGCCACCCAGCCAUGGUUGAUCCCUCCGCCGCGGAGAAGAUUCCAGUGCCAUACAUUCUACUGGCAUCCGGGGAAGAACGCCCUACAGAUAUCAAGAGAUUCGAAAGCAACCUGAAAGUACCCAAUCAUGUAGAGAUCUUCGGGGAUCAAGUCCAUGGCUGGAUGGCUGCUCGUGCUGAUCUGUCUGAUGCCCGUGUACAGGAGGAGUAUAGCCGCGGCUACAAGACCGUGCUGGAAUUCUUUGGCAAGCACUGGAAUUGA